CCGGGAUCAUGAAACUGCCUUAAGUCUUAAGUCAGACUUAACUCCAAAAAUUUGCACUUAAAAUUUAAGAUUGUUCUUAAAGUGGAUCACAAAAAAAUGACUUAGAGUUAAGACUGGAAUUUUGUCUUAAAUUUUAAGACUGCUCAUGGGCAGUCUUAAGUUUUAAGAUUGAUCUUAAGUUCUUUCAAAAUGGCCGCUGUUGUUGGUUUCUUGAGACGUGUUCAAGGGGGAAAUGUUGAUACUGUCCGGCGAAGACGGCGUCUCCCUCGCCCCAGGCUUUUCAGGGAUCGGUUGAAUCCACUGGACCUCCGAACAGAUGACGAGUUGUUCGAGAGAUAUCGUUUUCGCCGCCCUACGAUAAUGUUUAUUUACGACACCAUUCAGGACAGAAUAACCCAUCCUACCAAGAGAUCGUUGGCCCUUCCAGCGAUGAUUCAGCUGCUGGUUUUCCUCCGGUUUGUGGCUACGGGGGCCUUCCAUCAACUUGUGGGGGAUGCCAUCCACAUCUCCAAAGCCACGGCAGGACGAUGCAUCCGCAGGGUGGCAUCUGCAAUAGCGAAUGUUGCUGGCCGUUUUAUUCGCUUUCCUUCUGGACAGGAUGCCACCAACGUAAAGAGAAUGUUUCAUGCUAUCGCAGGGUUCCCUGGUGUCUUGGGAUGUGUUGAUGGUACUUUUAUCCGCAUCCAAACUCCUACUGAAAAUGAGCCUGAUUAUGUGAAUAGAAAAGGAUAUCAUUCUUUAAAUGUCAUGAUGACCUGUGAUGCUAAUUUUAUGGUGACCAACUGUGUUGCCAAGUGGCCAGGAUCUUGUCAUGAUUCAAGGGUUUUCCGAGAAAGUGUUCUCUGUCAGCAGUUUGAGAAUGGUCAGCAUAAUGGUAUACUUUUGGGGGACUCCGGGUACCCUUGUCGGACAUAUCUAAUGACGCCUUACAACAAUACCAAUGAUGUCAGGUACAGAGAGCGAUACAACAGUGCACUGUGUAGAACACGAGUCCUUAUCGAGCAGACAUACGGCAUACUAAAGAGAAGAUUCCCUUGCCUUUCCAUUGGCCUUAGAACAAGCCCAGAAAGAGCCUGUCAGUAUGUGAUAACCUGUGUUGUCCUGCAUAACAUAGGGAUCCUGAGGCAAGAUAUUGUGUCCCUUGACCCACGUGACCUAAUCAUAGCCGGCCCAGAUGUGGAUGAGAUCAAUCACGGUAACAACAAUGGUUUUGGAUACAGAGAACUCAUUGCCAGACAAUGUUUUGAUUACUAAUUAAUAUCUCAGGCCAUUCUCUUCUUAAUUCAUGAGAAACUAGGAAAGAAUAAUAAUUUAUAACUUGUUCAGUUCUUACAUAAUAUACAGUCAUAAUCACAAAGCAGAAGUCAUUUAUAAAUUUAUACUGCUUGCAGUUUAUUUAAUGUUUUCUCCCAAUAUCAGUUAAAUCACACAGUGCACUGUUGUAUCACUCUCUGUACCUAGUACAUCAUUGGUAUUGUUGUAAGGUUACAAACAUACCAUUACAUUUCAGUAUGUAUCUGUCAGUGUGAUAAAUCAUUAUUAUUAAUAGUAAUAUUCUGUGUUCGUUUUAGCAAUUAUUACAACUACCAGUAUAUGAAAUAUAUUUACCUUAAUAGUUCUACCAGUAUAUUAUAUUCCGUUAUUUACAUGUAGUUAUAAUAAGGAAAUUUCCCUUUAUUUGUGGUUCCUAUUAUAUAAGAUUUAUGAAGACUGGAGCCCCCUUUAAGCAGCUUAAGGCUGAGGUUAAAGUAAGUCAAACUCAAAGGUCAAGGUCAUGAAUUCAAAAGUGCUGAUACCCAAAGAAAGGUCUUGUAAAAAUAAUUCAUGUGUGAAUCAUGAAAGCCCUAGCUAGCUAUCACCAGCCUUCAGAAGUUAUAGCCGAGGUGGGUUAUUUUUAUUAAAGAUAGGUCACACUUAAAGGUCAAGGUCAUGAGGUCAUAAAUGAAAGA